AUGGCACAAGUUGAAACACCACCAACAUCAACAUACAACCGAGAAAGAAGUUUGGCAUUAAUAAAGAAGAAAAGGAUCUACAAUGCUUACAAAGAAGCUAAAAGGCGAAAAGAUGGGAUCCAGACCGAGACAACCACUGAUUUCGAAGCUCUUGUUAAAUCAAUCCCGAUAGUAGAAGAACAAAUCAAGAUAGAUGCAGCAAACAGAGCUGAGAGAGAAAGACUGAAACAGGAGAGAUAUGAGGCAUAUCUGAGAUCUAAGGAGCCAAAGAAACUGGACGAAGGGAUUAUCGACGUUGAGAAAGAGAUGACAGCCGAAAAAUUGACAAAGAUGGCAGAUCAAGUCUUGAUGGCAAAGGCCCUUGAGGUAGAUUCCAAGUCUGCUUAUAAGUCUGAGUCGUCAGAAAAGGUCAGUUCCAGUGGUUUAGAUAAUGAACCAGACAGAGAAGUAAUUGGUCGAGAUAAACUAAUAAAAGGUUCAAUUGAAAGAAUCAAAGAAUUAACUAAAAAAAUUGAAACUGAUAAAAAUGAUGUUGAACGAUUUUGCAAAGAAAAUGAAAAAUUGAUGCUUGAAAACAGAAAAAAUUCUGAAAAUAUUGACAAACUUAAAAGAACAAUAAAAGAUUCAGAUGAACGCAACUCAAAAACUCAUAAAGAAAAUACACAUUUAUCAGGAGUUCUUCAAGCUAAAGAGAAACUGAUAAAUCAGCAACUGGAUGAGAUUGCGAAUCUUAAGCUUCAGUUUCAGGAAGCUAAGAUUAAGAAUGAGAGAAUCAAUCUGAAACGGAACAACUAUUCGUCUGCCAGCUUUGUUCUUCAGCAUAUAGUUCUCAAACCAAUUGGGAAGAACAAAGCCGGUGAAGAUGUUUACUCAGAUGGAACACGGGUAGGGUAUCACAAGAUUCCACCACCCAUGUGCAAUAUUUUCACGAAAAAACAAUCUGGGUUGGUUAAUGAAUCUAAAUCAAGUGAUAAAAUUGAUGUUGAAAAACUACUAGAAAACAUUGAUGUCACGUUCAAUUCACAAACCGAUGAAGAUAGCAUUGAAUCUGAGGUUGUGAAAAAUGUUGUUGAGAAAGUGUUAAAAUCUGACAGUGAUUCCACAAUUGAGGAUGAUGAAUGUUUCUUAAACAAUUACAUCCCGAAACCUAAGUCCCAGGACAACUUAAGUGAUGAACCGACUCUUGUCAUGUACAAGAUGAAUGGUUCUGAUAAGUUGUACUCGGAUACAAAGUUUCCGAUCGAAAACGUAAAUGUGGAUAAACUGAAAAAGGUUUUCAAGUUAGUUGAGAUCGAUGUAUCUGAAAUCGAAGGUUUGACGAGUUCUAAGAGGUUUUUGAACUUUCAACGUGAUAAAUCUUACUACAAAAAACCAAGUGUGCCACCGCGUUUUCAUAAAAACAACCAAAACAGAGGGUUUGGUGGGCAUUAG